AUGGCCGCCCCAUCCCUCAACGAGCAGCGACUCGCCGUCGCCUCCGCCGAAGCCUCAGGCCUCGACCAACUCGGCCCCUGCCCACCGCAUCUCGACGAAACAUGGAUCGAGAUCCCACUCCCCAACAACCAAACAAACAAAACCAAAGUUGUGUGGCCAAAAGCGCUAGAGAAGCAGAAGCAACGCCCGCUACAAUGCCCACUCGUCAUUUACUACCAUGGGGGCGGCCUCUCGGUGGGUAGUCCCGAUUCAGUCCUAGCACCUGCUCGCGCGUUCGCGACGCUCUUCUCUUGCGUAGUCGCUUGCCCGAGUUUAAAUCAGCUUCCUGUGCUACCGUUUCCGAAGCCCGUGGAGAAUGCCUGGGAGGUUUGUGCGUGGUUGUCUGAUGUGCGGAAUCUGAACGACGGGGUGUUGAAGGAUGCUGGAACCGUCGUCAAUUCAGAGCGUGGCUUUGUGGUCGGUGGACUCAGCGCUGGCGGCGCUACAGCUGCUGUCAUUGGAGCGAUAUCCGGUGCCAUCUUGGCUGAAGUCGAACAGUUUGCUGGGUUGACGCCUCUAAGGAGUACCAUCACGGGGAUCUUCUCGGGAAUCCCCUUCCUAGCGACCCAGGCUAUGCUCCCAGCACAAUACGGCGACAUGCUCAAAUCCCGCGAGGAAAACUCUGACGCUAUAGGCGACGCAAUGCGAAAUGAACUCGAGUCCUAUCUGGACGUCCACUCGCACUGGUUCUCGCCGCUGAAUCUCGAUAUAUCGAAUCCGGAAACGGUGCAAAAUCAUCCACGGAAAGUAUUCGUCUAUGGAGGGCAGCUCGAUCCGUUCCGCGAUGAUUCGGUGAUCUACGCCAAGUGGCUCGAGCAGUUGAGCGGCGUGCAGGUUGGAGCUGUGAUGCUUGAAGGGGAGGGGCAUAAUGCGUGGGUUACGCCGCCAUUUCCGGCCAGCCAUACGCAAGAGAUCAAGGUGCCGACUCUCGAUGGGAUGGCCUGGCUUUUGGGGAAAGAGUGGGAUAGGGGGCAGGAGUUGCCUUAUUAGCCGUAUAUAGCCACCCUAAGGGGUGGACUGUGGGUGGCAGUUGUAUACCUCUUUUGCGGUGAUUGCAGAUGUGUGUCUCGAAGUUGGAAUAUGAGUGCUUUAUCCCUUGAAAUGCCUUUCCC